AUGGUGGGCGCCUCCUCCUCCGCCUCGUGCUCCACCGCCGCGACCUCCCUGGCUGCCAUCGCCACCGCCUCCUUCGGGUCCUGUAUGCAGGGGUGGCACUACCGCUGCCUCGGCGUCGACCCCUGA